UUGUUAGAAAAAAAAACUCAUUUUAUACCAACCAUCGAGAAAACAAGAGAUAUAACAGAGCCGAAAGAGGCGACGAGGGCUGAACAAGGAUUUUAACUGAUGGCUGAGAGCUCGAAUUCCCCAGCAGAUUCAUCGCCUUCGUUUUUCCGGGGCCAUUUCGAAGGUUGGAAAGGCUAUUGGGGUGAGAAAUUUGCCUUUCUCGAUAACUACAGCAAGUUUGUGAAACGCGAAAAGCCGAUACCUUCAUGGUCGGAUUCCGAUGUUGAGGAAUUCAUCGCUUCCGAACCAGUUCAUGGCCCAACUCUGAAGACUGCAAGGGAAGCUGUAAAAUUUGCUGCGGCAGGAAGUAUUAUUGGAGCAAUUUCGACUGCUGGAAUUUCUUGGAAGUAUUCUAGGAGCCCUCAUGGUGCUGCCUUGUCCUUCGGAGCAGGAGCUGUCUUUGGUUGGACCUUUGGUCAGGAAAUUGCAAACCACUGGCUACAACUGUACAGGUUGGAUACCAUGUCCGCUCAGGUCAAAUUCUUGGACUGGUGGGUGAACAAAACUGAGAGUCAGUGAUAGAUUCAUAUGAUGAUCCUCCAUCCUCUCCCAAUAAGAAAAUCAUGUGGUGGUGACCAAGAAACUUAGAGACAAAGUUUCCUAAUUUGUGAUUUUUUUUUCUUCUUUUUCUGAUAAAUUUGUGAAUUUUUUUACUCCUAAGAAGUGUUUGUUUCUAUGCUCUCAUUUGAUGGAGCAGUGAAAACUUGUUCCAGCUUGAUAAUAGUACCUUUCUGAAAUAAGUCUUUCUUGUCUUUCUAUUGUCCUAUUGUUGGCAGAUAUAUCAACUCUUGAAACCUUUGUUUA